AUGUUUCACUGGUGGAUAUUAGAUGCACUGGAACACGUGGCUGUGUUUCUCGUUGAUGCAGCUGCUAAAGUUGGUCAUCAUAGUCAUGACGGUGCAUGUGACGAUGACUUCUAUGAUCGUUUAUCGCGUCGUUAUUCAGUUGUUCUUCUCAGUAUAUUCGCUAUACUUGUUUCAUCAAAACAAUAUGUUGGCGAACCUAUCGCUUGUUUCUGUCCAGCACAUUUUACCGGUACACAUGUGGAAUAUACAAAUAAUAUCUGUUGGAUAUCGAAUACUUAUUUUGUAUCAUUUGAUCGUCUUCUACCUAAAUACCCCGAUCCAAAGACAGAACAAUUUAUUUAUUUCUAUCAAUAUGUUCCGUUUAUUCUGAUGAUUCAAGCUGUACUUUUCUAUAUCCCAUCGUUGAUUUGGUCGACAUUAAGUUCGAAAAGUGGAUAUGAUCUAGGGAUGCUUAUUACUCAAGCGCGUUUUGCAGAUACAUACACAGCAGAUCUUCGUACCGCAUCUGUUCGUCAUUUAGCGCGUCAUAUCGACCGAACUAUUGAAUAUCAUCGACACAAACGUUCCGAAUAUAUUGAUGAAUUACAUUCGCUGAAAUGUUCAUCAGUUUUCACGUUUUUCUUCUAUAAUAAUCAUCUAUCGAUGAGAGAAAGUCAUCUCAUGUGGUCGUUUCUUUUUACGAAAGUUCUCUACUUACUCAAUGCUUUCGGACAACUAUAUUUGCUCAACUUUUUCCUCGGAAAUGAUUAUCACAUGUAUGGCUUUUCAGUUAUACAUGCAUUAUUCACUGGCAAUAAUGAAAACUGGACGGUAACACCAAGGUGUAAUUUUGCUGUCCGUAAUCUAGCCGAUAAUAUUCAUACUUAUACAGUACAGUGUAGUUUACCGAUCAAUCUCUUCAAUGAGAAGAUCUUUUUAAUCAUUUGGUUUUGGCUUUACUUUACGACAUUAUUUACACUAUUUGGUUUUAUCUAUUGGAUUGUUUCGUUUUUCUAUCCACAAUUCUAUCGAACAUAUCUCAUUCUUUAUCUCUCAUCAAUGAAACGUAUCAAUACUCAUCAUUUCCCUCAAGAUCCAUUUCAAGAACCUAUUCCGCCUCGACGUCAUUCAAUGCGCCAUAGUCCUCACGGCCAUCAUCAUCACCACCAUCGUGCUCACGCAUACGCUCGUCAUUCCCAUGGUGUACAUCACUAUCAUCAACAACAAAGUUUAAUGCCACCCUAUGCUAGUCGAUUGUUACGAGCAAGUCUAGAUUCAACAAAUUCAUUGCGCACACGUGAUUAUAUAACUCUUCCGAUUUCGACGGAAAAAUUAAAUGUGGAGAGCAAUGCUCCAUCAACACCCGAAGAACGUUCAUCGUCGCCAACGACGCCUCAGCGUGUAACAACAACGGGAUCAGAAGCAACUUCAGUUUCGAAUGAAGACAGCCAAAUGAUAACGAAUUUUUUAGUUAAUUAUCUGGGCCGCGAUGGAUCAUUGGUUAUAUACAUACUUAAGAUAAAUACAAAUGAUGUUAUCACAGGUGAAAUCGUCACGGCUCUGUUUGAAUUAUUUAAAACAUCUUACGCACAUGAUAGAACAAAUUAA